CCCGCGGCCCGGAAGCGGCGAUGGCGCGGAACGUGCUGUACCCCCUGUACCAGCUGGGCGGCCCCCAGCUGCGCGUGUUCCGCACCAACUUCUUCGUCCGGCUGGUCCGGCCCGGCCAGGCCCAGCCCGAGGACACCGUGCAGUUCCGGAUCCCGCUGGAGAUGACGCGCGUGGACCUCCGGAACUAUCUGGAGCGGAUCUACGACGUGCCGGUGGCUGCCGUGCGGACCAGGGUGCAGCACGGCUCGGGCCGGAAGCGGGACCACAGGAACGUCCGGGUGAAGAAACCCGACUAUAAGGUGGCUUAUGUGCAGCUGGCCCACGGGCAGACCUUCUCCUUCCCCGACCUGUUCCCGGAGAAAGCGCCCGGCGCCCCCGGCGACGACCCCCAGGCCCAGCUCCUCGAGGAGCAGAAGCAGAAGCUGCAGCGAGACCCCCGGCGGGGCGGGGUCCCCACGUGGUUCGGCCUGUGACUCGGCGGCGCCCCGCGGACCCCCAGUGCAAUAAAGGAUCUGG